AUGGGAAAGCUCAUCUGGCACGAGUUAAGUCGCUACAUCUCCCUCACGGCCAGUGUUUAUGCAGUAUGGGCCAGUUUCUGGGGUUUCUUCUUCCGCAAGUUCUUUUGGGACUUCAUCGGUGGCAUCUUGCGCUCUCCCGGUGGUCUGCAACCGUCACCCAAAUUUUCUCUGUUCAUCAAUGUUAUUGUCAAGUACCCUAUUGUGCAGAUAGGCACCAUGGCCCUCGGGUUUAUUAUAAUCGCGCUGGAAUAUCCUAUCCCCAUCCUCAAGGGAACUGCUAUAUUUAGGAGCAUCGCUCUUAGAGUGGUGUUACUGAUCAUGCAAGCCGCCGGAACGGUUUUAUUUUACCAAUUUGAAGCUGCGCAAUCUUCAGGGGAUCUGUUUUUCUUCCCGUCAGAAGUGAGCAAGCACGAGGAACUUGGGACAGAGUGGGAGAUCCGCAUAUGUACGGCGCUUCAAAAGAAACCAGCCGUGUCCCCACCUGCUGGGGAAGCAGGAAUCACACCAUCUGAUCGGUCGGAUGAGACUGUCAAGAAAUAUGAUCCGUUUGCACCUCCAUACGUCCCGAAUCUUCAUGUUGGUGAUUUACGCGACGAAUCGUCCGGGACGGAAUAUGGUGUACUGUUAAACAAGUACUCGGUCGUUCCCCAUCAUUUCCUUCUUGUAACCAAAGAAUUCAUGCCGCAAAAUUCACCCCUGCUGCCUCAUGAUCUAGUCCAAACUUAUCUGUUGCUCCUUGCCGCCCGCAAAGCACGUAAAAACUAUUUCGCUUUCUACAAUUGCGGAUCAAACAGUGGAGCUAGCCAAAGUCAUAAACAUAUCCAGUUCAUCGAAGUCGAGGAUGAUGGACCUCCGAUCGAAAUAUUAGCCAGAGCUGCGAACCUUGAAGUUUCAGGCAAACCGUUUUCGCUGUCAUCGGUGGGAUACGCUAAUCAUGUAUAUCGGCUUCCGACUCUGUCGAAUAGCGCGUCACCGGAGCAGCUCGAACAAGCGUUGUUCCUUCCAUUCCUGUCCCUCUUGGAUCUUGUGAUUUCGACUGUACGACAUUCCCCGGACUACCCGUCUGGUACCCCCUCCUAUAAUGUGAUCCUAACCCUGGAACACAUGCACUUAAUUCCGCGACGCUGGGAAACCUAUACCCUAGGAGAGUUGGGAGCGACGUUGAGCGUCAACUCACUUGGGUUUGCUGGCAUGCUGAUGGUAAAGAGCGAUACCGAACGCCAGGCAUUAGAACAAGAGAAGAUCGAAACGGUACUCAGAGCUGUCGGUGUGGAAAGCGUUCACGAGUUGCAGGUUGCAGGUACAUCGAUGGAAGCAAUGGAUGAGACAAGUGCUUGA